AUGCUGCUCAUUCUAGUAGUAUUUGGAGUAAUCUCUUUGAGUCUCAACCUCUUCCAAAUUUUUCAGAUUGGUUUAUCCCAAGAUAGUGUCAAAAACUUAUUAUUUCCCUCUUUAUUCGCAAUAACUUGUAUUUUAUACAUGUUCCUAGCCAACUCAUCCGGACAGGACGUUAUUGAUCAUACUAAUUACGUAUUCGUUACUGCGUACAGCGUUCAAUGGUACUUGACUCCCUUAUACAUACAAAAAACGAUACUCUUUCUAUUGCAAAGAGGCGCCAAAAAGUUUACUUUGAAUCUCAAAGGACUUGUUGUCGGAUCAUUUGAAUGUUUUGCUAUGGUAAGACGUUUGUUGGAGCAGCUUCAAGAUGUAUGUAAUAAGUUAAAAGAUGAGAACGAAAUUGCUAUUAUAAAAAAGUGGGGGAGUAAGGCAAAAUACUAUACAACUACACUUAUAAGUAAGACAAUGGUAGUCAUAUCUUUUAUACAGGGUGCUCCGCAACAUUAUGACCACCGUUCAUGGGAAGGUAGAGGGGACCCAUGAACGGUAAUCAAAAUA